AAUUACUAUGUUAAAAAUAAGGCUACCAUGUUAAAUUUAGGGUCACUAAUCACUAUAUUCUAUAUAUAACGUCAGUUUCAAGAGUAUAAAUUUUGGAUUAUAAUAAUAUUAUUGUAGAUCAGGUUUGUGCAAAUUUUUUUUUAUGAAGUAAAAGCCAAAAACAAUACUCAACUACUUUCUCACAAAAAAAAAAAAAAAAAAAAACUCAACUCAAAGUUCAUCUAGAGCUGGUAAGAAAUUAACAUAAAUUUCUCUAUAUAAUUUCCACGAGAAUCACGCCUACAUUGAAGUCAUCGCUCAACCUCACGAGAAUAACGUGAUUUUCUUAUCUUACAUUCUCUCUCAUCAAUUCUUCAGUCCCCAAGCAAUUCUAUUAAUAGUACAAUUUUUUGGAUUAAUUUAUCUUAAUUUCUAUGAAAAAUUCAGAAAUUAGAAUUAAAAAUGGAGGGAAAUUUGCAAUGUUUUGAGUUAAAUACAGGAGCCAAAAUUCCUUCUGUUGGGCUUGGUACCUAUGCAACUCCUCCACAAAUUGUUGCUGCUGCUGUUAAGUUGGGUUACCGACACAUCGAUUGUGCACAUAUCUAUAGAAAUGAGAAGGAGAUCAGAGUUGUUUUAAAGGAGUUGUUUGAAGAUGGGAUAAUGAAGCGAGAUGAGUUAUUUAUCACCUCCAAACUAUGGAACUUUGAUCAUGAACCAGAAGAUGUUCCAAAGGCGCUAGAUAGGACUUUGAGUGACCUACAACUUGAAUACUUGGACCUAUAUCUUAUCCACUGGCCAGUAAAGGAGAAAAAGGGAUUAUAUGGUAACGAUCCUGGGAGAUACGUUCCAGCAGACAUACCUAGUACAUGGAAAGCAAUGGAGGCGCUCUAUGAUUCAGGUAGGGUUCGAGCCAUUGGAGUUAGCAAUUUCUCAAUAAGGAUGCUCGAAAACCUUCUUGAAUCUGCCCGUGUUACUCCUGCUGUAAACCAAGUUGAACUUCAUCCUAUGUGGCAACAAGAGAAGCUGCAUGAAUUUUGCAAAACAAAGAGCAUUCAUCUAUCUGCAUAUUCACCUCUGGGUUCUCAAGUUGCUGGUGCAAAAAAUAAUUUGAUUCUUGACGAUCCUAUUAUCACUACGGUUGCAAAGGAACUAGGAAAAUCUCCUGCACAAAUAGCUCUUCGCUGGGGGCUUCAGAAGGGCCAUAGUGUACUGCCUAAAACCUCAAAUGAAGCAAGAUUGAAGGAGAAUUUGGAUGUUUUUGAUUGGUCAAUAACAGAAAAUUUACUCUGCAAACUUUCAGAGAUUAAGCAGGAAAAAUUUGUUAAAGGCACGGACAGGGUACCAUUUGCUGGCUACAAGGGUCUUGAAGAACUAUGGGUUGAGCAAGUCUGAGCAUCAACUCAUAUAAGUUCAAUAAGGAUUAUAUUCCACUUGGUUGACUAUCUUUUGAUAUACCUACCUGACUAUCUAUGAUCUUUAAAAUAACUGUCUUUUACU